CAUACUUUGAAUCGUAUUCUUCUCAUUCGACAUGGUCAAGACGACCCUCCCAAAGCUCAAAAGUACUGCGGGGUCAUCAACCUCGGCUCUCUUGGAACAGGUCAAACCACUCGAGAGCCAGCUCUUGGUCAAGCCUUACAACCCUAACCUUCUUCUCUCCCUUCUAGCUUUGGGUUCCAAAGAUGACCCUCGAGUCGUUCACAAGGCUAUAUGGGCUUUGCAUCGUGUCUUCGUGGUUUACAUAGCGGAGGGAUUAGUUGGCUCUAUCCGAGGCUCGCUCUCCUUCACGCGAACAGUUGUUGCGGAGGAUAACGACGACCGAGAAGAUGAGAGUAGGGAGGUGGCAGUAUGGACGAGAGAUCGAUUGAUCGAAUAUGUCAAAUUGAUAUCUGGGCUACUACGGGAUACAGAGGGAUCUCUUAGGACCAGUGCGGUCAAAUUACUCUUCGCCCUCCUCCCUCCUCUCUCUUCGUCACUCUCACAAAUCCAAGAAGGAGCGAUAGUUCAUCUUCCUUACUUCCGGCUGCUGCUUGAUGCCUUUUUCAACCCUGUGGCUUCACCCCGCGGAGCUGCAGCUGGAGAGGUGAAGCAGGAGAAUCAGGUUGAACUGGAAGAUGGGGUAUUAUCGGAGGAUGUUAUUAGUGCGAUCGCUGAUUAUUGGGCAAAGUACGAUGAUCUUCGAUGGAUCUUCUUCCGAGAGACCAAACGCCAUCUAGAGAGUCAGUCUAUACCUCAUCCUGGGAACCUUUUGGCUCAAUUACUACCCCUCAAAAACCUUCCUACAUUACCGGAACACAUCAACGCUUUUUACAUCCCAGCCUUCUCUCAACCUCCUUCGAAACAACCACCCCAACCUAAACCAGUCACAUCAAAAGAGAAGAAACAACCCACAUCUCAACCCAAGAAGAAAGUCAAAAAAGAUUCAGCGGUCGAUACAAACCCUUCAUGGAUGGACUAUUAUUCUUCCUCCGACUCUGACUCUUCAACAGAGAAUACCGUGCUUGGUAAACGCCCUCGACAGCGUACAUCUCAAUUAUCGAUUCACCCUUCCAUUUAUUCCAUCCCAUCGCACCAAUUGGUCUAUACAUCAUUGUGGGAGACCGUACUGACUUUAUCUCUGGACGACGGAUGGGUGAGAAAGGUGUUGGUGGGAUUACAUGGAGAAAAGGGGAUAUUAGGUCAUAUGAAAGCGGAAAGAAGGGUUAGAGUGGCGGAUUGGUUAGGUGCUUUGGUAGAUAAGGGAGGGGUGGAGGGUAUGUUAGCAAUGAACGGGUUGUAUGUUUUGAUGACAAAGUAUAAUCUUGAUUAUCCUCAAUUUUACAAACGUCUUUACGGUAUGCUGGAUAAUGAAGUUUUGCAUGUCAAAUAUCGGGCGAGGUUCUUUCGUCUGCUAGAUACAUUCUUGGCGUCUCCUCUACUCCCCGCGACAAUGAUAGCAUCUUUCAUCAAACGUCUAGCUCAACUAUCCUUGUUCUCACCACCAGCAGGAAUAAUCAUGAUCGUUCCAUUCAUUUACAACUUGUUCAAACGUCAUCCAGGAUGUAUGAUCAUGAUACAGCGACAUGAGUUGUCGGAAUUGACAGACCCAUACGAUCCAUCGGAACAAUCACCUUUUAAUUCUAAAGCGAUAGAUUCUUCAUUAUGGGAAUUAGCAGCAUUACAAAAACAUUAUUUGAGUAGUAUAUCAACAUUGAGUAAAGUUUUCGGGGAAGUAUUUACUAGACCGGAAUACGAUUUAGAGGAUUUCAUAGAUCAUGGGUAUACGACUUUGUUCAAUACUGAACUUUCACGUAAACUACGUCAUGCACCCGCUAUUUCUUUCGAAAUGGAGAAUGAUACUUUAUCUUCUUUGUUCCCUUCUUCCAAAUCCAUGAAUCCACAAGUUGUCUCGACCGACUCGAUGGAUCCUUCCUCAACACCCCCGACCCACGAUCUUUCCACCAAUCCGACAAGAUCGGGAGAGGUAGUAUCGACUUUGUGGACUUUCUGA